CGUUUUAUUAGAAAUCCGGAGUUCAGUGACAUCGUCUUCCUUGGAUUGGGGUUAGGGUUAGCACCUGUGCACCACCGCAAUCAUCAGAAAUGGCGGAGACGUCAAUCCCAUCAAACGGCGGAGAUUUAGAGGAGCAUGAGCAAGUUAUGAGCGAGGUACACCUGGGCUGCCCUCCUGGUCUCUCUGGCCCCCACAUUUCCAAAUUCACUUUCUCCUUACCACCACAGGGCGCUGAAUCUAUCUGGAGAAGACAAGGGGAAGCAGUUUCAACACAGCAAAAGAUUGAAUUGGAUGAAGAUGGUGAUCUUGUUGUAAAAAGGCGUAACAGACAAUCGAAUCAAAGUUGUUGUUUGACCAUCCAGCAUAAUAUCACAUCAUCAAUUCCUAAUGUUGGGUUACAGGUGUGGAGAGCAGAAUUGAUAUUAUCGGAUUUUGUGUUGCAUAAGAUUCAUACAUCAUCUGAAUUUGAGGGAAUUGUUUCAUUAGAACUUGGUGCUGGAACAGGGAUGGUUGGUAUAAUUCUUGCACCUGUUGCUAAGAGAGUGUUCAUAACAGACCAUGGUGAUGAAAUCCUUGACAACUGUGCUAAUAAUGUUCACCUUAAUUCUGAAAUGUUCAAUCAUCAAGCUUCAGUUUAUGUACGUGAACUCAAUUGGAAAAAUUCAUGGCCGCCUACCAUGGAUUCAGAGAGCUCUGAGACUCAGAAAAGGUUUUCUUGGACCGCAUCAGAAGUUGAAGAAGUCCAGGGAGCUUCUUUACUCUUAGCUGCCGAUGUAAUUUACAGUGAUGAUCUGACUGAUGCAUUUUUCAAUACCUUAGAGAGAUUAAUGUCUCAAGGUUCAGAAAAGGUGUUAUACUUGGCACUAGAGAAACGCUACAAUUUCAGUCUUGAUGAUCUUGAUGUUGUUGCAAAUGGAUAUUUGCGUUUCCAAAGUUAUUUGAGGGAUGCAGAAGUGGAUAAUGCAGAAUGUGAAAGCCUUGAACAUGAACCCCUGCCUCGCUUUGUAGGGAAGCCCAUCGAUCUCACACAAAUUCCACAAUAUGUAAGAGAGUACAACAGAGGAAAUGACAUUGAGAUAUGGCAGAUCAAGUAUGUAAGGAGAAAAUCCCAAUCUCAGACACUCUGAUAAGUCUGAAUUGAUGCUUUAUAAAUUUUCUGCUUGUUUUGUAGCUAGCCCUUUUCUCUAUAAACCAAACUGUGCUUAGCUAAAAUGGAAUAUACUGCUGGAGUAAAGACUUCUCAAGCUUUAACCA